GUACAGAGUUGUAUAGUCCGAUAGGACAGCUUCUAGUUAGUCCGUAACUGCUGCACAUCAACCAAAGUGCCUUACGAUGCGACCGGGUGAUAGCAAGAGUGACAUGGAGCGUCUGGGUGUCUUUAAAGAGAUGAGCUAUAUCUCUGUAGGUGACAAGUACACAGCACCCUCCAACCGUCCAUUUAAUGAGUCAGCCUAUCGUAGCAGGCAGAUGCAAGUGGGAGUUGCUAAACAACAAUGUGCUCUGCAGAGUGGCUAUUUUGACAAGACCUUCAAACGGAUAUUUGAACAUGAGGCGCUGAGUGACCCGCUGAAACUGACCCACCAGAACCGCAUACAGCAGGCCAAGAAGAACUUGGGCAAGGCCUUCCUCCCCUGUAAUGGGGUCAAGAAGCCCUGUGGCUCAGGUAACUACUAUGGGACUCUGUCGGGACCAAUCGAAGCAAUGAGUCCACUAGCAGUCGCCCGGAAAGCCCAUCGCUCACCUGGACGCAACAUUGUCACCUCAAACCCCAAGAAAGGCAGUGGUUACAGCUAUCCCAAUGUUACACUGUCCAAAGUUGAGCUGUAUGCUUCAGACCCAUACGACAGAGCCAGAGAAGCACUGAAGAAGGCGGCAACAAUCCAUCGCUCCAAGUUAAGAGAUGGACCCUUCAAACUCAACCUUCACCCCAGAGAUUAUUUUCAGGCCAAUCCAUACCGCUGUGACAAGCCACUCCCACCAGCACACAAGCCCCUUGCACCUGGACAGAAGGUCUCUCCAGUUCCCUUCAAGCCCCCAUCCCCAAGCAAAAAGAUUGGAGGAAUGAAAGCGGGCACGUUUAACUCCUAUCCCUCACAUUCUGCUGAUCUGUAUGUCACCCGCCAUUCCAAACCAACAAAUCAAGAGCCAAUCUUCCAUCCUCCUCCUGGUCCUAAGAGCACACCUGUCAAGAGUAUCAUCACCGUCAAUGUUAACAGGAGUGUGCACGCUGCAAACUACACCGCAACCUUUCCAGUUGUGAUGACCUUCUGACUUCAUCACUCACACUGAAUCAACACUGGUUGCAUUCUAUACCUGUAGUGUACUAGAGAAGUUUUUUUGCUCUAUAUUUUUCACUCUAUUUUAUGAUGACAUUCCAAUGGAUAUAAUGCUUUCAAACGUUUUUACUGCAACAUAAGGGCAAAACAGCUUCAGCCAUCUUAAGGGACAUUUGCUUUUUACUUUCCUGGUUCCCUUUCUUUUUAAUAGGAAUAUUCUAGAUGUGUCAUGUGUUUUGGGUGUUUGGUUAGUAUUUCCUGUUUGAAUAUUUAGGUUUCAUAUUUUUUGUUUUCUACUUUUUGUCUUUGUGUGUUUUCCUGUCUUUGUUUUGUAUCACCUUUAAUAGUUUCACCUGUACUCACACUGGCCCCCACAAUCAAUCGAACAUUACUCACAAUACACACAUAUGUGCACUGUAUUAUUUUUCCUCAAACCACUGUGUGCACCAUCCAACUCAAAACUGGUACUAGUGUUAUUUCACCUUCAAUGCUCAUGGAAUAUUAGUACCAAAAAUUGUAGGUGGAUGAAGGUAAGGAAAAAGCUACAACUUUGUUGCCUGUUGCUGCGAAUGAGAACUAUUUUUUCCUGGUAUUAGACAAAUACAUAAGCAGAUCUCCCUGGAAAGGGCCUCCAUCAUUCCAUUUUAUGAACCCUCAUUGUUUUAGGUGAAAUUGUUUUUAAAGCUUGCACAUCUUUAUCCUGGUGUGAGUUACAAAAACACCUUGAACUAAAUUAUUAGAAUAGCAUGGAAGAUUAUAAGAACAGGAUUAAGGGCUAUCUGAGCACUGAAUGUGCAUGUCUUGUUAGUGGACACUGGUAAAUUCAUUGGCUUGAUAACAUUUGCUGAUUGUCUAAAGUCAAUUGUUUUUUCCCUUCAUGUGGAACUUUUUGUGGUGCUGUCCUGGCCAGGGCUCCUUUGUAAAUGAGAUUCUAAAUCUCAAUGGGAAUAUUAUUGGUAAAAUUAAGGUAAAAUAAUAAAUAUGUUUGAAAUAAAUAUAUUUUAAAAAGAGGACAGCCCCACAUCAGGCCCAGUUACCUAAAUCAUGACACAAGAGGAAUCCCCAGAAAGGUCAUUGUCCUGAAGCCAAAAGUGAAGAUGGAAGGAAUUUGCUGAGGUGCAGUGAAUCAUCGUUUCAAAAAGAGAUUGCUGGUGUGGAGACUGACACUGCUAAACUCCAGGCAGAACAAGAGAAGUUGGAGCUGGAAAAGGACAAACUAGAGACUUGAGAGAUAGCAGCACAGAUACAACUUUUCAGAAUAUGAGAAUGUGUUAUUUACCAUUCAUUAGUAGAAUUAAUUGAUUAUUAUCAUAAUUUAAAUGUGAUAGAUAUAGGCCAAUUAAUAGCCUGUCAUUUAUGUAA